AUGGACGAGACCUGUGAAAUGAAAUACAAAGUAAUGGACAGCCCUCUGGGGAAGAUGGAGAUCUCUGGUUGUGAGCAGGGUCUGCAUGGGAUAAAGCUGCAUGGCUGGAAGACCCCAGACACUGGGCCGGCGGAGGCCGCCACUCCCACUGAGCAGCUCGGAGGUCCCGGGGCAGUGCCGGAGCCCCUGCUGCAGUGCGCGGCCUGGCUGGAUGCCUAUUUCCGCGAGCCCUUGGUCCUCGAGGGGCUCCCCGUGCCCGUGCUGCACCAUCCCAUCUUCCAGAAAGAGUCAUUCACCAGACAGGUGUUAUGGAAGCUGCUGAAGCUUGUGAAAUUCGGAGAAACGGUUUCUUACCAGCAAUUAGCAGCCCUGGCGGGCAACCCCAGAGCAGCGCGGGCCGUGGGAGGAGCCAUGAGGAGCAACCCUAUCCCCAUCCUCAUCCCAUGCCAUCGAGUGGUCUGCAGCAGCGGGGCCGUGGGCAACUACUCUGGAGGCGUGGGUGUGAAGGAGUGGCUGCUGGCCCACGAGGGCAGUCCCGCGGGGAAAGCGGCCCGUGGAGGGGGCUCCCGUGCCGCCGAAUCCUGGCGCGGGGCCCUGGGUGGCACUGCCAGCUCCCAGCCCGCUGGCCGAGACUGA